UAGUUACAGGUCUAUGAGCUGACCACAGCACUGAAGGAGUAUUACAUCAGUCUUAAUUUUUCUGCCUUGUGCAAUCGUUGGCUCCUCAAGGCGGGAAUGUACGUGAAGACGUCCUAAGGAUUGGAAAAAAAUGAGGUGAGGCCUUAAGAAGCAAGCCAUGCAGCAGUGUGAGACCAUCCUUUGCCUUUCAGUCUACAUUAUCACCUUCAUCACAGGCUUCCCUAGCAAUAUCCUGGCUUUCUACACGUUCAGCUGCAAAGUGUGGAGAAAGCCAGUGCCCAUCGACAUACUCCUGCUCAAUCUGACCAUCUCAGACCUGCUGUUCCUUCUCUUCCUGCCGUUUAAGAUGCAAGAGGUGGCCGAUGGUAUGCACUGGAACAUGCCUUACUUCCUGUGCCCGUUGUCGGGCUUUGUCUUCUACAUGACCAUCUACAAUAGUACAUUUUUUCUCACUGCAGUAAGUGUUGAGCGCUAUCUAGGCGUCGCUUUCCCCAUCCAGCAUUCGUUGAGACGACGACCCAUCUAUGCCGUGUUGGCCUCCAUCUUCCUCUGGGCGCUGUCCAUGAUCCAUCUUAGCAUCGUCUACAUCGUACCGUACUACAACCCAACUGGGACAGGUCCACCGCCUAGGAAUGUGUGCUACGAGGAAUUUACAGAAGCCCAGCUGCGCAUUCUGCUGCCUGUACGCUUGGAGCUGUGCAUUGUGCUGUUCUGCAUCCCACUCCUCAUCUGCACUUUCUGCUACGUCAACUUCAUUCUCAUCCUGUCGCGUUUGCCAAACAUUGGCAGACGGAGGAAGCUUCGAGCCAUUGGACUUGCCUUGGGCACGCUGCUGGUGUUCGCGCUGUGCUUUGGACCCUACAACGUCUCGCAUGUGGUGGGAUUCAUCACCAAACGCAGCCCUGCAUGGCGGGACAAGGCACUGUUACUCAGCACUUUCAAUGCCUGCCUUGAUCCACUCAUCUUUUACCUGUCAUCGGCAGCUGUCCGGAACAUGUUAGCAACAAUGGUGCAAGGUGUGUGGCACAAAAUAAAAGCAUGCAGCAAUGUUCUUGUCUGUUGGAGACUGGGAAAAGAUGAGAGUACUAAAAACCCGUUUCCAAUAUCUGGCGAGAUUAAUGUUCUUUGACAUAAAUUGUUGGCGGGAAGAGGGUGCCUUGUGACGUCCUUGUGUUAUUGACAAUGAUUUUGGGAUUCCAUCUGAAUUUUUACUUUAAUUCCCAAAUUAACAAUCCACAGCAUUUGGAAUAGACAUUUCGGCAACUCUUGGGUCAGUGAAAUCUACUCUUUGGAGAUUAUUUAUUUCUCGGAUGUCUUAUAAGAUGAGGGAGAACCUUGUAAUCAGACCAAACACAAUCGUGGGAUUUAAAAGUCUGGUUGCUAACCGCAAACCAGAUCUACCGUACAGUAGCUGAAUCAACAUGUUUCAACAUGCCUGUAUGUAAGUAAUGUCCAUAUGUUUCCUGCAUAAGAUAAGGGCUUGGACACCAGACCUCAUAUGGGAGAUUUAUGAUUCCACAAUACGAGAAGAAAGACAUCAUAUACAACCCAAUGUUUACACACGAUAGCCAUAUAUUGAGUUUUUGCAAACAGAAGGCCUAUGGUUUAUGAAUGCCUAGCCUUGAAUAUCUUUUCUUGUGCUUGCUUCUUCAGCCGGAAUUAAAGACACGCACUCGCUGGGCAUAUUGAACGGUGUGUGAAAAAAAGGACCCUUCACCUGGACUGUUCUGUAUGAUUGGGUGGAGAUUAAGCACAGAGUCACAGUUUGUUCAGCAUUGAGAUAAAGGAUCUGUAAUAGCAGGCAAUACUUGGGUCAAUAGAACCUGCUCUUUCACCUGUUCCAUGUUAAUAUUUGCAGGUUAUUUGGUUCUGGGAAAAAUGAACAAUAGGUUGAGAGAGAAAGGGGAAAAAAAGGAAUAUAAAGCAAACACACACAUACACACACACAUACACACAAAAAUAAAUCAGGCUUUCUACAGUAUAUUACCGCAUUUUAACUUCAAUCCAGGAAAUGACAAGACCGCUAAACCUUUCAUACCUCAACAAAGAAACGAAUCAAUAAAAAGCUAAGAAAUGAAUAACAAUAAAACAUUAUAUCUUGUUUUUAAUGAAAUUCUUCAAAUCUUACAGUAGAAAAGCCCUAUUAUCUUGUCAACCUUACCGCAAUUCAUCUGGUCCUGACUGAAAUUAGCUGUCAUUACUUAACAUGUUUAUUGGAGAACUAUGAGGAGUAUAUUGCUUAUUGUAAUGUCUACUGUCCAUUUCUGGCCUCUACGGCAUCAUAAAAUUUUUAUAGUACAUUUCCCUGUUGCUCAUAACCGUCUCGUAUCUCCCUACAGGAUACUGGUGUGUGAGAUAUGAUUUAUGAACCUAAUAAAUAUUUGGAUAAGGUUAUUGUCUUUGAUUCCUAAUCUUGGGCUUGUGUGUGU